CUCACCUUUUGCCCAUUCCCAACACCUCGGAUCAAGCGCGCUUUGGAGCUUUGAUCUUCCUCUGUCUUUUUACCGAUUGACUCACCCUCGACGACUAGGCUAGCUCGUGAGUCGAACAUCGAAUGCUGUGAACAGUGGGGAUCGUUGUAGACGACCUCGGUGACGGAACUUCCGUGCUCUUGAACGAAGAUGAAAUGCAACGCGACGUGGCUCACCCUGUCGUUCUGAUGAGGGCGCCAAAGCCCCAUACAAGCGGACAGCGCAGGCCACAAUCAGCGCAUGCUGAUACUCACCAUCUUGCGCUUCUUCCUUCAACAGCUCCUUCUCGAUCAGCCCAAUCAUCAUCAAGCGCCCAUCCUUUCUGUCGCUCGUACGAUCACAAUGGCUGGACCCUCGCACUCCGCGCCUUCCACCAACAGGUGGUACGCGCCCAAGCACAACUUCGCACCGCACAGACCAGCGUUUCAUCAUCGGUGGGGAGCAAAGUUGUUGGGUGGAUUCACCGCAUUCUUCAUCCUGUAUAGGAUCAAGCAGGAUGGUGCUUCUUUAAUCGGCCACCACUCUUUCCAUGAUCAUCACGGGGAUGACCACGGCCACGGCCACGAUGAGCACCACUAGGCCCGGGCAGUCAACUUCAAUAGACCUGUUGCAGAACGCAAUGAGAUGCGUAUCAAGCCAUCGGACCUCAAUAUCAGGGGCCAUCAGCCUCGGAGCGGGGGGCUGACAGUUUGCAGCCACGAAGGGACAGUCUGUUCAACGUGAAGGGGCAGUCUGUUGAAUGCGAAGGGACAAUCUGUUCAACGUGAUGGGACAGUCUGUAAAACGUGUUCCUCCGCCAGUUCGGACUAGCAGGGGUGAUGAACGAUCCCGCAGAAUACGGCAUUGCAAACGUGGACAAUGUGUGCGCAAAGGAACGACAACGCUUUCGCUCUUGCGAGGUCAAAGUAAUGGCGGCGUCUGGUUUGGAUAUUUGUUGCGAAAACGUAUAAAGCAUGGUUUGCCUUAGCUCCAAUAAA